AUGCUUCAUCGUUACUUUUCAUGAGAUUACUGCAACACUGGGUGGAGUGGCAGCUCUGCAGCUGAUGGGCUGCUGCUGCUCUUUCCAUCUUUAUCUCUCUUUCAAUUGGGACGCUGGGGAGAAAUAAAUAGCUCGACACACACUGUUGGGAGGCAAAUGAAUGGAGCAGAGUGACGGGGGGAUUUCCCCAGGCUGCCUUCACACCAAUGGAUCUGGACACGCGUUUUGAACCGGCCAAAUUGUAUUUGGCAGAAUAAUUUUUAUAACUUUGUAAAUAAAUUUUUGAAACAAGAUCGUCUCUUAAGAGCUUGCAGACUGAGCUUUUUUGUGGAUUUUCACUGUAAAGAGUCACACCAUAUCUUAGUCGAGGAUGUGCUCUAUAGUCAUGCUUCAUCAGUGGAGUCUGGCUGUAUUCUUGCUGUGCUCCCCAGUGAGCCUUGAUGGGAGACCAGUUGAUGCACUUAUUAGCAGAACGAGGAGGUCAGUGAGCCACGCCCAGCUGAUGCAUGACAAGGGUCGCUCCUUGCAGGAGUACAAGCGCCGCAUGUGGCUGCAGGAGCUGCUGGAAGAGGUGCACACCGCUGACGAGCGAGCUCCACCUGUGCAAAGCAGAACCCAGAGCCAAACCUUCAGUGGGAAUGCCCUGCACGAGAAGCCCCCAGGGGCCACCAAGAACCUCCCUGACAGGUUCAAGCCGGACAGAGAGGGUGCUAACCUGCCCCAGGAGACCAACAAGGCUCUGGCUUAUAAGGACCAGCCACUAAAAGUGGCCACCAAGAGGAAAAAAAAGGUGAGGUUAGGCAGACGCAGAGAGAGCGACAAGAAGCGGAGGCGGGCACGGUCUGUCACUACAAAGGAGCCAUGAAGGACGCAGUGCCUUGGCUAAGAGACUCCCAACAGCCUUUAUAUGGUACUGCACUAAGACACUGACGUGACUGGGAUCUGAGAGACUCUACCCAUGGCUGACUCAGUCAUUUCAUAUCACAGCCACAGGGGUGUGCUUGUAUGAUAAUAUUUUUGCUGUGUUUGUAUUUUUGGUCUCAUACUUCCUGAGGUUUUGUGAACUAUCAUCAUAUCAUCUUCUUAGAUCCAUAUUUAUUUGGAACAUCUGUAGUGCUCUGUAACCUUGACUUCAAAACAAAGCCAUACAUUGUCAUCUCUAACCAGCUGCGUGCAGGAGUAAAUCAUAGGAGGAACUAUUUAUUGCCUGACUGUAAUAUAACUUCACAAAAUUGGGAUGCUAAGUGGUCUACUUUUGUUAUCGUGAGCUUACAGUUACAUACAAGCUGUUCACUGCAUACAUCUGUUCAAACUGUUCUGCCAUAAUUUAUUUCACUUUGAGAGUGUGUAUUUAUUUUGUGAAUGUAUCACAGUGCUGCUGACUAAAUUCCAUAAUGCACUUUAGUUAUAUCCUGUACAUGUUCUUUUGUGGUUGAGUUUUAUUUUGAUGUUUCUUUCUGAUGGUCCUGCUUUCCUUUCCCACCUUAGAUCCCUUGUGGACUUGUAACUUAUUGGAUGCUUCAUCAAACCCACUCUAACCAUUUCACAUUAUAGUUUAUUUUUAUAGAACAAGCCCGAGUCAGGGGCUGUC